AUGAAAUUGGAUCGCAGGUCGUUCCUGAAAACCACGCUUGCGAGCUGCGCGACAGCAGCUGUGCCGCAACUCGCCCUUGCAAAAUCUUCCGAGGGUUUCCUGGAACUCAAGGCAGCCAAUGGAAAAGCGCAUCUUUACGGUGACAAGGGUGGUGCAUCCGAUCUCUGGCUCUACAAUGACCGGCUCCCGGGACCGGAAAUCCGGGUCAAGCAGGGCGAGAAGGUCAGGGUCCGGUUCAUCAAUGAACUCGACGAACCCACGUCCAUUCACUGGCACGGCAUCCGUAUCGACAACACCAUGGACGGCGUUGCCGGAUUGACGCAACCUGCUGUCAAACCCGGUGACAGUUUCGACUACGAUUUCGUCGUACCGGACGCCGGAACCUACUGGUACCACGCCCACAACAUGAGCUGGAACCAGGUGCCCCGCGGUCUUUCCGGACCGCUGAUCGUCGACGAACACAAACAGCUUUUUCCCCCGGAAACGGACAUCACUUUGGUGCUGAGCGACUGGCGUCUGGAUGAAGAUGGUGUCCUCGACACUGCAAGCUUCGGCGCAAUGCAUGACUUUUUUCACGCAGGCAGGCUCGGCAACUGGUUGACGGUCAACGGGGUGUCCUUGCCCGACAUUGCGAUGAGGACAGGUGUCUGGCACCGGGUCCGUCUGAUAAACGCCUCGGCGUCCCGUAUUCUUGAUCUUGCCCCGGAGCGCUUCGGUGCACGCGUCAUUGCGCUGGACGGUCAGGUCUUCUCUGAACCGCGCGACGUCUCAGGUGUCGUGCGGCUUGCCCCCGCACAGCGCAUGGAUCUCGUCAUGCGCCCGACGAAAACCGGAACGCUGCCCCUCGAAAUGAUGACCGGGCAGCCAUUCACUUUCGCCAAUUUCCAGGUGACGGAGGCCCAGGGAAACGAUCUUCCCCUGACGCUUCCUCCUGUCAACCGAUUGCCGGAACCGGACCUGGAGGACGCGCUGGAACUGCCGCUCGUGAUGCAGGGCGGUGCCAUGGGCGGAUUGCGCUCGUUGCUGGAGGACCGGUCGGAGGAAGAUGUCCGCAGCAUGAUGCAGGAUGGCCAGUUCUGGACGUUCAACGGCAUUCCAGGCAUGCAGGACCAACCCAUGUUCAGUGCCAGGCGCGGUGAAACCAUCGUUCUGGAAAGCCGGAACGACACCAGCUUCGCCCAUGCAAUGCAUGUUCACGGUCACCAUUUCCGUGUUCUGGCGCGCGAUGGCGAGACAUUGGAGCACCAGGAUUGGCGCGACACAUUUACGACGGAUCCGCGUGAAACCGUAAAGAUCGCCUUCGUUGCAGACAAUCCCGGCAAAUGGCUCAUCCACUGCCACAUGCUCGGCCAUGCCGCAUCGGGCAUGAUGACUUGGUUCGAGGUGAGCUAG